AAAGAAAUUCGAAGAUAUCGGACCCAUAAAAAUGGAAGAAAAUGUACCGGCCCCUAAGAGAUCAGAAUUCAACAAGGGAGCUUGGACGGCUGAAGAAGAUAGAAAGUUGGCCGAGGUUAUUGCAGUUCAUGGUGCUAGAAGGUGGAGGACAAUUGCAAACAUAGCAGGUUUAAAUAGGUGUGGCAAAAGUUGCAGGCUGAGAUGGAUGAAUUAUCUUAGGCCUAACAUCAAGAGAGGAAAUAUAACAGACCAAGAAGAGGACUUGAUACUUAGGCUACAUAAACUCCUUGGAAACAGGUGGUCUUUGAUUGCAGGGAGAUUACCGGGAAGAACAGAUAAUGAGAUCAAGAACUAUUGGAAUUCUCAUUUGAGCAAGAAAGUGAAUCAGAACGAGAAACAAAGUGGAGGGUCGGCAAGACAAGGUUGCAAAACUCAAAAGAGAUUAGCGGAGAAUGCCAACGAAGAAGCGAGAGAAGAGAAUACAUGUGCCGGAUGCGAGGACCCGAAUAUCGGCUUCGAUGUGGAUGAGUUCUUCGAUUUCUCCAACGAGGACACCCGCAACUUGGAGUGGGUGAGCAGAUUCCUCCAAGUUGAUGAGGGCUUUAACUGAAACCUUUUAUGGAACGGAAACAACUUUUGUUUU